AUGAUAUGUAACGUUCAGGAGCGGCCGCCGCGUCUCAAUACGCCCAUGCGGCCAAAAGACAUCCCCAGUGAGCACGAGUCGCAGCGGAGUCGUAUGACAAUGCAGCGAUUAGCGCCGUGGCGAGACGGCUGCUCCGUCGGCUCCAGCCAAAAUUGGGCAGGCCCGAGCUUGACGGGCGCCACCCUAUCCACUCGUUCCUCUCCCUUCCAUCAGUGGAAGCGUAGCGUUGACACACCGCCGUCUCGUCCGCUCAGCGCGUCGCUUGGCCGAUCUGCACGACAGCGACUCGCACUGUAUCGGGUUGGUGUUUCAGAUGACAUCUCUGCAGAUCACCCGUUGCGCAAACUGCGCGAACUCGGCAUGCUGGUGAGCAACGAUGCGUUGGGGAAAGCAUCGGCCAUUGCUUUGCAUCUGGAGGAGGUCAAUAUCCCCGCGAGUUGCCAGGUGCGGCGGCACGACGUUGAGGGAAGGAUGUUGACCGUAGAGGGAGCUGCCGUGGAAGCGUUACCGAUUGCAUCCUGCAUUACUCAGUACACCGUGUGCGAUGGAAGCUGCUUCUUUAUGAGACUCUUGCAUGAAAUUCCACCGGACUCAAACGAUACACGCAAGUGGGUUGAUGCUCAUCGUGUACCAAGAUGGAAACAGUACGCCACGGCAGUUGCGCUCUACAUUGCGCUUGCAGAUGCCGGCUACUGCGACCAAGCUCUUCCAUUCCUAUCUAUACAGUGGGUGAACUGGCAGGAGCUGCUGAUGAAUCAUAUGCAUCUACGACUUGAUCUUGUAUCAAAUAGUGUAACUCGUCACAUGUUGCAGAUGCACUGUGGCUCCGACAAGGUGGAGAAAGUUCCAGUCGCACUGGCGCUCCCCGUCACAAUGAAGGGCACACUACGUUAUCCAUACACAAAAGGUACAUUACCAUCCCUCUCCACACAACCCUUCACAGACGCCGAAGUGUUUCAAUUAUUCUAUUUGCAACUUGUGUUCCGCUUUGUGUAUGACGUGCGAUUUCCCGAGAUGAUGCCUGACGAUGAUGAAACGUUCCUGCGGUCCGAUUUCAUAGCAGCUCAAACGAGUGGAAAGCAACCGUUGGCCUUCCAGCAUCCAACCAGCCCAAAUCACUGGCUUCUCUUCCCAGCACGGUCCAAAAUUCUGCACUUGAUGUCUCUUGAGGGAGCGGUCAUUCCCGGUUGCACAUCCCAGAAGCGAUACCACGAGACGACAAAGCAGCGGCUUUUCGGCGCCACACCACUGCUGCCGUGUCAGGGCAAGUUGGGUCGGCAGGUCGUCGUAGAGUGGGCAAUGCAACGCGUGAUCAGCACACCACACGAAGCAGCCACUGCGCUGGAGGAGUUAUUUGACUGUUUUGGGGUGUCCUACGGUGUAGAGCAGGAGACAGUGUGGUGUGCAUCUGAAGCCCCGCGUAUAUUCCGUUGCGGCAAUGCCUCUCUUAUGCGCUUGCAUGCGAACAACAGCGACUUGUCACGUUUUUUUGCGACUGCCCUCUUCCCAAUCUCACCACCGGUGGUUCAAGAGAGACAAGGGGUGGAGGAGGAGGAGGAGACUCCGCGAGAGGAGCCACGUGAGGAGAAAGUUGAAAAGGAAAAUGCCAUCGUUCGGCGAUGGCGACAGUACAUCACGGAUGGAGACAUUUCACUGUUCGAUGGCGACACCAACGACAUUGAGCUUGUGCAGCUGGCAGGCAAGGGCGGCAGUGGUGUUGUGUACGAAGGGCGAUACGGACCUCAGCGUAUUCCGGUCGCAGUGAAGUGCCUUGCCAUCCCAGACGGCAUGAAUCACGAGACGUAUGUAAAGGAGUCUCUCACCAAUGUGGCGUUCUCUGUGCUUUUCAACCAACUACAAAGCUGCGGCGUUGUGAGGGGUGCAUACCUUUACGACUUUGUCAUCAGCAGCACGCCUCCAAAAGGCAUGCCGGAGGAUGACGUACGCAUGUGUUGCCGAGGCGGCGAUGGGAGUAGCCACAUGAAGCUCUGCUUCAUCGUGAUAGAAUUAAUGGAUGGUGCUCUUGGUAGAUUUUUAACAGAAGAUGAUGAAGACUUUGAUCCCGUGUACGACACCCUUGUCAAUAGUCCAUUGCGUGAUGGUGAGGUCUUUCAGUUUUUGUACACACAACUCGCUUUGCGUGCGCUGAUGGACUAUACCAUUAUGGAUCUGAUGCUGAACGGACAGCUUCGUGGCGAUAACAUUGGCUACCGCCGCCUUACUCGUAGUGAGACGGAUAUUCCAGGUAUUUCGUCUUACAAUGGCAUCAUCAUUGUCUUCCAGAGCGCCACUGACGCAUCGCCACGAUAUCUGCGUUUCCCAGCUUCCACUGGCGAUGCGGAUAAGCUCGGGCCGCUGCGCUUCAUUUGUUUUAUUGACCUUGGGCAGGGAAAGUUGCCGAAACUACAGGAACUUACGCGGCGUGGCCUCAUUGGCGAGAGCAUUGUCGAGUCUUGCAUCCAAGAUGACGGACUCGGCCGAUACUGGCCGCUGGACCGAAUUUACAGCAAGUAUGUAGAGACACAGGGCGUUGUUGCACGUGCAGCCGUGGAGUGGGGUGCUGGUCUCUGCAUCGACUCACCAGAGGCCGCUGAGGCGGCGCUGCAGGAGUUGUUUGAGCUCUACACACCAACAUACGGUGUGGAGAAGCCAAGUACGGAGGAGAUUGCCACACACGUUGUAUUUGUAUGGACGCCUGACAGCGUAAAUGAGCUACGGCGCAGCUAUAUAUACCGCGGCAGUGACGAAUAA